AUGAUUUCAAAACGUUCGAAAUCAUGGCUCAGAGUGGCCGUGAUCUCAUUGGUGCUACUAGCAAUGAGCACUGCAACAUUCACAGACAACGGCAAGACUUUCGAAUCGUGUAUCUACGAGAGCGAGGAUCUUAAUGAUGGAAAGACUUAUAGCUUUAACUAUCUGAGCAAAGAUGUGUUUAAUUAUUCCAAUGUGCACCACUUGGGAGCUCCGAUCCAUACCUACUUUUUAUCUAACCAGUUCUCAGUUAAGGUGAAUGUCUGCGGUAAAGUCGGCACCUGUGGAGAGGAGCCAUCCAUGGCUGUAUUACAGGACCAGAAGGGAUCAAACCAAAGUGCAACAGACAAAGCAAAUGACUGCUAUAGCCUUGGAGAUGUGAAAACUGAGGAAUACGUCAAGUUUAAUUCAUGGAAUCGUGAGGAAGAACACUUGAUCCUAAAGUUUGAAAGUAAUGACAAGUGCCCCUAUUCUGAAGAAGGAAAGUUCAAACCAUCAGAGUCUAAUUCGAAAACGUUCAAGCUAGAUGUGGAGAUGAAGUGUGAUCCAACAAUGACCAUUCUUAACAAGCCAGUGAUCACUACAAAUGAAGAAGCUAGUGAUUUUGAUAUUUGCCAUCCCAAGAUUAUCGUAAAAUCCUCAUAUGGCUGCAAGAUUUCAAAAUUAGAAACGGUUGCAGUAUUCUUCAAUACAUUCGCAUGGUUAAUCGGAGUGAUCUUUAUUGUUUUUGGGCUGUAUAACCUUAUGCUUGGUGGAAGAAUGUUUAGAUUGACUAUCAUCUUGUUCAGUAUUGCUUCAACAAUUGCAAUCACCUGUUUAGUAUUUUUCUUCUUUAUUCAAAUGGAAGAUGUUCCACAGAAGUAUAUCCUUUUGAUCCUCUUCAGCAGUGGCAGCAUCGGUGCCUUGCUGGGUUAUUUCUUGGUGAAGACAAUCAAAUUUGGAAUCUUUAUAAUCGGAUGUUGGACUGGAGUAGUCUUGGCAAUCUCUCUUGAUAGCUUGAUCUUCUCUCAGCUCGGAGUCCCGUACAUUCUCUACAUAAUGAUUGCCAUUUUUGUGAUCACCUUCGGAUGGCUUGCCUGCAAGUACUACGAAUACGUGCUGAUCUUCUCCUCUUCGAUCUUAGGCGCCUACUUCUUCAUCAGAGGUAUCAGCCUCGAGUUUGGUGGGUAUCCGAAUGAACUGGAUAUACUUGAACAAGUCAAGCAUGGUGCCUAUGUAGAGAUCCCAUGGACUUUCUACCUGUACUUCCUGGCAAUGGUCCUGUGCUUCCUGGUAGGGGUCUAUAUACAAGUCAAGAGAUUGAGCAAAGAUGAAGGCGAGAAAAGAGAAAUCAAAGUUGAAAAGAAAGAUAAUGAUAUUGAACUCCAGGAAGGUAAAAAGAACUACGACCAAAUGACAGAUGAUGAGUAAGGAGUGAAGCGAUUAUUGUUCAGUGAACAAUUCUACUAAAAUUGAAGUUUC